AUGUCGUAUCUGGUGGGCCCUUCGCAGCAUCAGUUGAUGGCGAGACAGGUCAUGCCAAAGGAGCUCCCGCCAUUCCGAGGAGAUCCAGAAGAUUGGCCGUUAUUUUAUAGUGCGUACAUGAAUUCCACAAAUGCGUGCGGCUAUUCCGAUGUCGAGAAUUUGGCCCGACUCCAACGUGCGCUGCAGGGUAAGGCGUUCGAAUCGGUGAAAAGCCGUUUGCUUCUACCGGCUUGUGUCCCGCAAGUAAUGUCUACUUUGUACAUGCUAUAUGGAAGACCGGAGCUGAUCAUCCAGACGCUACUGGACAAGGUUCGCGAUACUCCAGCACCAAGGGCGGACAAGUUGGAGACGCUGAUAACAUUCGGGAUGGCGGUCCAAAACCUGUGUGACCAUGUUGAAGCUUCCGGGCAAGUGGCACACCUGUGUAACCCAGUUCUUCUACGGGAACUGGUAGAGAAGAUUCCGGCGCAACAGCGUCUGAAUUGGGCGCUGUACAAACAACAGUUUGCGGCGGUUGAUUUGCGUACAUUCGCUGGCUAUAUGUCUAUGCUGGUGACUGCUGCUUCGGAUGUCACCAUCACAACGGAAUGUAAGCAGUCGCGUCCGAGCAGGUCGGAUCGUGCAAGAGAGAAAAACUUUCUCAAUGCCCACCUAGCCAGCGAACUAUCCAAGAAGGGAGGCAACCAAGAAGACGAACUGAAAAGGAAGGAGUCCAAAGAGCUGUUGUGUUUGGCGUGUAACGGAAGCAGCCAUAAGGUGAAAGAUUGCGCAACGUUUAAGAUGUGGGAGCCUGAAAGCCGCUGGAAGAUCGUUCAAAAUCACCACCUCUGCCGCACGUGUCUAGGAAAGCAUGGACGACGCCCUUGCAAGCUGCAAGCUCACUGUGGCGUGGAUGGCUGCCAGCAACGACACCAUCGGCUGCUGCACUCGGGAGCACCUAAGCAUCAAUUACCACGCAAAGAAGAACAGACCAACGUAACUCGACAGGAACCUAAGUCUCAACGGAUUCGCUUGGAGGUCUCUGGAGAAGGAAAAAGCGAACUGUUCACACUGUACGAUGCAAGGACGGUCGCUAGCCUCAAUCUUCCGAAGCAAACGUUGAACUAUGCAGAUUUGGCACGGCAGUACACCUAUCUUCGGGGCUUACCAGUCAGUAGCUACGAAACAGCCACACCUGGUAUCCUUAUCGGUUCCAAUAAUGCCAGCUUGAUUGCAACACUGAACUUGCGUGAAGGUCGACUAGGCGAUCCUCUAGCCAGCAAGACACGUCUUGGCUGGUCAAUUUAUGGGUACACCGCUGAUGGACAAAAGGCGACAAACUUCACGCUGCACGUUUGCGAAUGUCAAGGUGAUCACCAAGCUGACCAAGAACUGCAUGAUCUCGUCAAGCGACACUUCACGGUAGAGAGCGUUGGUGUCUCAGCAGACAAAGGUCCGGAAUCGAUAGAGGACCAGCGAGCCCGUCAGAUUUUAGAAACAACAACGAAGCGCAUUGGUACUAGGUUCGAGACAGGGCUGCUUUGGCGGUAUGAUCGAGUUAAUUUCCCCAAUAGUUUCCCCAUGGCAAAGCGUCGUUGGGAAUGCUUUGAGAGAAGGAUGAGUAAAGACCCAGAGCUGCAAGCGAGCGUACAGCGGCAAAUCGCCGAGUAUUUGGAAAGCAACUACAUCCAUGAAGUGACGCCGAUGGAAAUUGAAACGACGGAACCUCACAGGGUGUGGCACUUACCCUUGGGUGCUGUGAGAAACCCCAAAAAGCCGGGUAAAAUUAGACUUAUUUGGGAUGCGGCGGCGAAGGUCGGAAAUAUUUCGUUGAACACUAUGCUUCUCAAGGGACCGGAUCUGUUAACUCCCCUCGCUUCGGUGCUUUGCAAAUUCCGUGAGCGGCCGGUUGCAGUUUGCGGAGACUUGAAACAAAUGUUUCAUCAGUUCAGAAUUCGAAAACAGGAUGCACACAGCCAGAGGUUUUUGUAUCGGCAUCACCACUCGGAACCAGUGAAAACAUUCGUGAUGGAUGUAGGCAGCUUUGGUGCCACAUGCUCUCCCUGUCAGGCCCAAUACAUAAAGAAUCUGAACGCGAAGGAGCAUGAAGCGGAGUUCCCGGAGGCAGCUAAAGCGAUUAUAGAGAAGCACUACGUCGACGACUACCUCGACAGUUUCGACACAGAAGCGGAAGCAAUUAAAACAGUACUCGAAGUAAAAGAAGUUCACACACGGGGAGGAUUCGAGAUGCGAAACUGGCAUUCUACCUCCGAUGCCCUUCUGCUACGGGUCGGGGAAACUAAGCGACUCCAAUCGGAUGCCAUCAAUAUCGAUGCAGAAUGCGGAGCGGAACGAGUUUUGGGACUCAUGUGGUUCCCGAAAGACGACGUUCUUGCUUUUUGCAGUGAGCUUCAGCUGGAGGGGAUUGCGCUAACGAAGCGGAACAUUUUGCGCUGCGUAAUGACUCUCUUUGAUUCUCAAGGAAUCUUGUCGCACAUCACGAUUCAGGGCAGGAUGAUCAUCCAAGAUACUUGGCGCAACCAGACGAAGUGGGACGACGAGGUAGACAAAGUAGUCUACUCGCGCUGGGUCCGAUGGACUAAGCUGUUCGAAAAUGUUGGCCAGAUGAGACUACCUAGAGCCUAUUUUCCAGGACUUACUGCAGUGGAUAUUGGUCCGGUAGAGCUCCACGUCUUUACAGAUGCGAGCGAAGAGGCAUAUGCUUGUGCAGCCUACUAUCGGGCCGUGAUCAACGGAAAAGUGCGAGUUGCGCUAGUUAUGGCCAAGGCAAAGGUGGCACCGUUAAAGACACUAUCCGUUCCCCGUUUGGAGCUGAUGGGGGCCCUCUUAGGUGCGAGGCUAGCCAAGGCGGUGAUGGAGUAUCACACAUUCCCCAUCAAACGUCGUAUGAUGUGGACAGAUUCAAAAACAACGCUCGCUUGGAUCCAAUCGCAACAUCGCCGCUACCGACAGUUUGUAGCAUUUCGAGUCGGAGAAAUCCUUAGCAAAACCGAAUCGUACGAGUGGAAAUAUGUUCCAACUCAGCACAACCCUGCCGACGAUGCAACAAAGUGGGGAAAAGGACCUAGUACAGAUGUGACGUCCCGCUGGUUUCUAGGGCCCGAAUUUCUCUACCAACCUGAAGCAGAAUGGCCUGAGCAAAGGUCGACAGAAUCGCUGAAUACAGAGGAAGAACUACGGGCCUGUCUUACACAUCAACAGCGUCAAGUUGAGGACGUGUACCAAAUCAACAAAUUCUCCAAGUGGAAUCAUCUUCUGCGAACAGCGGCUUACGUGCACCGCUACAUCGAUAACUGCUAUCGCAGGAGCAAGAAGCAGUCACUAGUAACAGGGCACUUGAAACAAGAGGAAUUGCUCAAAGCAGAGAAUAGCCUUUGGCGAACUGUGCAGCAAUCAGCGUAUCCGGACGAGAUAGCUAUAUUGGAAUCGGGAAACGCGACCCCCAAGAAACAUAUCGAAAAAACUAGUCCUGUAUAUAAAUUGUCGCCAUUUUUAGACGAUCGCGGCGUAAUGAGGGUGGACAGUCGAAUCGGCGCAGUUCCGUACGUCACAUAUGACUUCAAGUUUCCGAUUAUCUUGCCACGUCAUCACCAUCUCACCAAGCUCAUCAUCGAUUGGUACCAUUGCCGAUAUCUGCACGCCAACCAUGCGACGGUUCAAAACGAAGUUCGUCAGCGGUUCCACGUCUCCAACCUUCGUACUUUGAUUCGACGGGUAUCGAAGGAUUGUUACUCCUGCAAGAUUACCAAAGCUAUUCCAGUAACACCUAGGAUGGCUCCUCUGCCAGACUCACGUCUGGCGGCCAUGAUACGUCCUUUUUCCUACGUUGGCCUAGACUAUUUUGGGCCCACCCAGGUUCGAGUUGGUCGCAGCUGCGUUAAACGCUGGAUCGCGUUGUUUACGUGCCUCACCGUGAGAGCCGUGCAUCUAGAGGUCGUGUAUUCUUUGUCCACCGAGUCAUGUAAAAUGGCUAUUCGUCGGUUUAUUGCACUCCGAGGAUCGCCCGUUGAAAUUCGCUCAGAUAAUGGGACAAACUUCCAGGGGGCCAGUCGAGAUUUGCUUGAAGAGAUCAAAGCGAUUGAACAUGAGCUAGCAGAGACCUUUACCAGCUCUGCUACCAAGUGGAUCUUCAAUCCUCCGUCGGCACCGCACUUUGGUGGUGCAUGGGAACGUCUCGAAAGAUCUGUCAAAGUGGCACUUAACUCACUAUGUGCCGAUAGGAACCCGGAUGGCGAGACACUGUGGACUAUCGCGUUCGAAGCUGAAUCAAUCGUAAAUUCCAGACCGUUAACCGCCAUUUCAUUGGACAGCGCCAAUCAGGAAGCAUUAACGCCGAAUCACUUCAUUUUACUCAGCUCAAGUGGGGUCGUCCAACCUCCUAGGGCGUUGUCGGAGCCAAUGAAGGUCACGCGUAAAAAAUGGAACUUGGCCAGACAGCUCGUGGACCAGUUCUGGCGGCGUUGGAUUCACGAGUACCUUCCGACGAUUGCCAAUAGGACCAAAUGGUUCAGCGACGCAAAAAAUCUAGCUGAAAACGAUCUAGUGCUGAUAGUCGACGAAGGUCGUCGCAACGGCUGGAUUAGAGGUCAGGUUUUGACGGUGAUUCCUGGCAGGGAUGGACGAAUUCGUCAAGCUAUGAUCCGAACAUCAAAAGGGGUAUUCAAGCGUCCGGUAACCAAGCUGGCAGUGCUUCAGAUUGAAGGAGAUAGUAACGAAGAAUCGGUAGUAGGACCGGAGGUUCGUUACGGGGCGGGGGAUGUUACGGCCACUGGCAGCACUGCAUAUUUACUGGAACUGGAAAACACCGCGACGGAACUGCGACUUGCCAGCUACAAAUGCUUCAUCCAUUCGGUAUCUGUUCAGUUCUUCAAGUGCCGUGCUCGCGUAAAGACGUAA